AUGACUUGUGUGAUCCUCAGAAGGGCGCAAGCUAUAGAAAAGCUGGAGCCUUACCUCACUCGCGCACGUCAAGAGAGAUUCCAAGCCAGCGUGACUGACGAACUCGCAAAGAGAAUGAGCGAAGAAAUCGUUCAGGUGAUGGACGCAGAUACGAAGACGUGGCUACGUACGUGGGCCAUCUUUGUGGACAAGCCAGACAUACUCAAAUGGGUGGAUGACGCAAAGGAUGAUAUGGAAACAGUUGUGUGCUUUGUGCCUCGCACUCAACCUGGACGAUCUACGUGGACGAAUCCCAUAACAGACACCAUGGUCGAGGACGCGAUCAAAGACUUGCGAGACUGCGCAAGCGCUCCAGGCGUUCCUGAAGCCGUUCGGUAUUCAAUUCGAGGGGCAACAUAUGUCAUCAAUCGCUAUUUGGAGGUGAUGGAAGAAAAGCACCGUAUGUGGGCAAACGCUGAAGCAAUGAAUAACACACUUGACUCCAUGAUGAAUACCAUCAGAGAUGAGGCAAACAAGACACGAGAGUUGAUCAAGAGAGGCAAACGAACACACGAAGAGGCGUUUCAAAAGGAAGAAUCGGACUUGUGA